AUGGCCGCCCCCGCCGAGCCCGGGCACUCGCCCGGCUUCAAGAAGCCGCCGGCGCUGCUGCGGCUGAAGCGCAAACGUCCCGGGCGGAGGAGCGACGCCGCCACCGCCGCGGGAGCUGCCGCUGCCCCGGCCCCGCGGGGCCCCUCUGCGGCCGCCCGCCGCCGCAACCCCUUCUCCAGCCUGGACAACGCUCCGCGGCGGGCGGCGGCCGCCCCUCAGCCUCCGGCAGCGGCCCCGGCGGGCGGGGAUCCAUCGGCAGCGCCUUUCUGGCAGUUUUUAGAGCCGGCCUGUGAAGAGAAGCCCUCCAGCAGAGCGGAGCCUGCUGAAAGUUCCGACAUCCUCGCCCUAAGCAAGGACCUUCAUUCACCUCUGGCUGUACCCAGAGCUCCCUCCUCGCCACGACAGGAAUUCCCUGCAGACUGGAGCAUUAAAACACGGGCUCUCUUCGUGUCCUCCCAACCCUUCAGCUGGGCAGAGCAUCUGAAAGCACAGGAGGAAGCGCAGGGCUUUGCUCAGCACUGCAGAGCUACAGAGACCACCUUGCCCCGGAGCGUGCAGGAGCCGCGGCUGUGCACGGAGCUGCGCUGCGCCUUCCAGCAGAGCCUGGUCUACUGGCUGCACCCCUCGCUGCCCUGGCUGCCGCUCUUCCCCCGCCUCGGGGCAGACAGGAGGAUGGCUGGGAAGGCCUGUCCUUGGGCACAGGACGAGGCCCUGCAGCAAGUGCUCAUGAGUGACUGGUCGGUGAGCUUCACCUCUCUGUACAACCUGCUGCGGGCGCGGCUCUGUCCCUAUUUCUACGUGUGCGCGGCGCAGUUCUCGGUGCUGUUCCGCGCCGCGGGGCUGGCGGGCAGCGCCGUGCCCACCGCCGCCGUCGUCCCCACCACGCGCGGCCUCCGCGACGCCAUGAGGAGCGAGGGCAUAGAGUUCUCCUUGCCUUUGCUGGAGGAGAGUAGAGCCAGGAAACAGAAAAACUCUGGGGAGAGUUUGGGAGCAGGAACCGCUGACGGCCUGGGAGGGGGCAGCAGUGUGGAGGAUGCAGGGGAACCAACUCCCAGCGACGACGAUGAUGAUGAUGGAAGUUUCUCUUGGCUUGAGGAGAUGGGAGUCCAAGACGAAGUGAAGAAACCAGACACUCUUUCCAUCCAACUGCGCAAGGAGAAGCACGAGGUGCAGGUGGAUCACAGGCCCGAGUCGCUGGUGCUGGUGAGCGGCAGCAACACCUUCACCCUGCUGAACUUCCUGAUCAGCUGCCGCAGCCUGGUGGCCGUGGCGGGGCCGCAGGCGGGGCUGCCCCCGACGCUGCUGUCCCCGGUGGCUUUCCGGGGCGGGACCAUGCAGACGCUCAAGGCUCGGACCGUCAGCGGCCGCGCCCGGGUGCAGGGCGGCUUCGAGGACGCCUUCAGCCUGGAGGUGCUGGGGCCCAUCCUGCCGCACGCCCUGCACGCCCUGACGCUGGUGCUGGGCCCGGCGCAGCGCGGCGCCUUCCGCGCCCUGCUCAGCCCCCACGAGCCCAGCGCCGCCUUCAACGCCCGCCCGGCACAGGAAGAUGGGCACCAGGAACUCCCUGCCUGCGGGCUGCAUGCCAAGACUUUGGAUCAGCUGAGGCAGAGCCCCACUCUGGGAAAAUCGUCCAUCCGCCUGCUGGAGAUGAAGGAUUACGCCUACACCUGGAAGGUUUAGGAAUGCUGCUCCGUGGAGCGGGAUCUCCCUCCCAGGGGUGAAGGUGCUGAGCUUGGGGCAGAGAGGGAGGAACACACCCCGCACAUGAACGCUCCCAAGGGCUUUGAAAGGACGGAGCACAAAGGCCUGGGAUAUCUCCUUUUUCACUGUUUUUUUAAAUAAA